GGUCGCUGCGCCCGGCUCUCGGCCGCACGAGUCGCGGGUCCCCGGGCCUGGGCUGCGGGCUCGCGGGCCCCGAGGAUGGCGUCCGGGCCGCGCUGACUCCGGGGAGUGGGCGCUGUGCUGUUUAGAGGGGGUCCGGUGAUGGCGCCCAGAUGGGCCCUUGGGAGCGAACGGCACUGCCCUGCCUGGAGCGAGCCUGAGUUUCUCCUGGGAACAAGAUGAGUGAUGGAGCCCUGGGCCCCUCCACACAUGGCGCAGCCGUGAUGGGCGUGGUAGAUGGCCGCCCGGGACGGCCCACACAGAGCCUGCACCCAGCGACGUUCAAGGCGCCCGAGCAGGGCCCCGGGCGGGCAGCUGGUGGCCUGGAGGACCGGCACAGCCUUUGCUCGGCGGACUCAGGCAUCCCCACGCUCGAGAUCAGCGACCCGGAGCCUGUGCCCUGCGGCCUGGGCCUUGUCCGGAGGGCGGAGGCAGAGGCGCCGGCACCCACGCGCAGCUGCCAGAGCGCGUGCCCGCUGCCGCCCUGUGUGCCCACAGUGCCCGGCAGUGCCCCUGAGCCGGCCGUGCGCAAGGCCUCCACGUUCCCCAGGACGGGCUACGACUCGGGCCGGCCCUACAGCCCCGGCGCCCGCACCGCCCGCAGCAGUGACCAUGGCUCGCUGUGCAGCUCGUCCAGCCUGGGCACCGAGCUGUCGGCCAGCAACGAGGACAUUCUGGACCUCAUGGUCACCAGCAGCUCCAGCGCCAUUGUCACCCUGGAGAAUGACGAUGAGGAUCCGCGGUUCACCGACGUCACCCUGAGCUCGCUCAGGACCAGGCCCGGGGCACUGCGGACACCCGUGCAGGGGGACCGGCUGAACGGAGUGGGCGGAGCGGACGGAGCGGACGGAGCGGACGAGGGGAGCAAGCGCGGCCUCCUGGGCUCCGUCGGCAGCUUCUUGUCCAGGAAUUUGCUUGCUAGAAAACAAAAUGCAAGACUUGGCAAACAGAGUGACUUGGGAUGGAAGUUAUUCGGAAAAGCGUCACCGCGAGAGAAUGCUCAGAAAGAGUCCAGGAAAACGCAGAAGGAAUGUGAAGACAAGGCUGGCCACCGCAGCAGGCCCCCGUCCCCCCGGCAGAGUGUGCGCAGGACCCUGGACUUCGAGCCGCUGUCCACCACGGCGCUCAUUCUAGAGCACAGGCCAGCGAACCUCCCGGCGAAGCCCGCAGAGGAGGCGGAGAAGCACCAGCAGCAGUAUGAGGAGAUGGUGGUCCAGGCCAAGAAGCGAGAGCUGCGCGAGGCCCAGCGGCGGCGGAAGCAGCUGCAGGAGCGGUGCCGGCUGGAGGAGAACAUCGGCAACGCCGUGCUCACAUGGAACAACGAGAUCCUGCCCCACUGGGAGACCAUGUGGUGCUCUCGGAAGGUGCGAGACCUCUGGUGGCAGGGAAUCCCCCCCAGCGUGCGGGGCAGGGUCUGGAGCCUGGCCAUCGGCAACGAGCUGAACAUCACCCACGAGCUCUUCCACAUCUGCCUGGCCCGAGCCAAGGAGAGGUGGCGCUCCCUCAGCGCGGGCGGCCCCGAGGCGGAGAGCGAAGAUGCCGGGUUUUCAGCCGCAGACAGAGAGGCCAGUCUCGAACUCAUUAAACUGGACAUUUCCAGGACAUUCCCUAGUCUCUGCAUUUUCCAGCAAGGUGGCCCCUACCAUGACCCCCUGCACAGCGUCCUGGGCGCCUACACCUGCUACCGGCCCGAUGUUGGCUACGUGCAGGGCAUGUCCUUCAUCGCGGCCGUGCUGAUCCUCAACCUGGACACUGCAGACGCCUUCAUCGCCUUCUCGAACCUCCUCAACAAGCCCUGCCAGAUGGCCUUCUUCCGAGUGGACCACAGCCUGAUGCUGACUUACUUUGCUGCUUUUGAGGUAUUCUUUGAAGAGAAUUUGCCGAAGCUGUUUGCUCACUUCAAGAAAAACAACCUAACUCCGGACAUCUACCUGAUCGACUGGAUCUUCACCCUGUACAGCAAGUCCCUGCCCCUGGACCUGGCCUGCCGCGUGUGGGACGUGUUCUGCCGCGAUGGGGAGGAGUUCCUGUUCCGCACGGCGCUGGGCAUCCUGCGGCUCUUUGAGGACGUCCUGGCCAGCAUGGACUUCAUCCACAUGGCGCAGUUCCUCACCCGACUGCCUGACGACCUCCCGGCCGAGGAGGUCUUCACGGCCAUCGCCACCGUGCAGAUGCAGAGUCGGAACAAGAAGUGGGCGCAGGUGCUGAGUGCCCUGCAGAAGGACAGCCGGGAGCUAGAGCGGGGCAGCCCAUGUCUCCGGCACUGACCACCGGGCCUGUGCCAGGCGCCUCCUGGCUGCUUCCAGAAACACUGCCGCCAGCGCCCUCGCCCUGUAGCCGGCCUUGACCCGGGGACUCGGCGCUUGGACGGGGAGGAAGGACGCCGGCAGUGCUGAGCCGAAAGAGCAAUGUGGACGGACCCAGUGGCCCUGAAGCCGGGUGGUGGCCAACUUCUCCCCCCUCGCAGCAAAAGCCCAUUAAAUUGUGAUGCUUUUAUGUCAACGACCAGAGAGGACCGUCCCCUUUCUUGGCCGAGGCGCAGGAGGACAGGUUGGGAGAGGCAGAGCCGCCAGCCACACGCCUGGCCACCACGUCAGAAGCGGCCUGUUGCUCCCACCUCACGAGAGGGGCCCCAGGGCCGGGCCACCCGACCCGGCUGCCACUUACUCUGACCUUGAGACGCCGAAGGCAGCUGGACCGACCCCCAAGCCAGCCUGCAGCGAGGGUCUCUGUGCGGCCAUCGGGGGCUGCUCCCAUAGGGACACAGGGCCAGCCUCGGGCCACAGAAGGGCCCGGCCCUGCCCGUGCCUGUCUGCCUGAUCCCUUGAGCGCCAGGGUAACCCCUAAGUGCCGUGACCCUUUCUCAGGCAUUCCCCGGCCAGGCCACCUGGCGUACCCCGUUGGCACCAGCAGCCCCCACUCCCCGCACAGCUCCCCUCUCCGCGGAAGCGUGGCCAGGGUGACGAGUGAAGCGCUUGGGUGGGUGUAGAAAGUCUCGGAAAGUGCUGUGGCACUGAGUGGCCGAAGGCAUGUGAGGCCCCGGAAACCCGCCACUCGGCCGCAGCAUUCCUGCACCCUUUCCUCAGUCACCACGACAGUAGCAGCCCAGAGCACCCUCCUCUCGUGUCAUGGGCAGCUGGGAGCCAGAUGGAGCCAGAGCCAUGGUGGCACCGCCAGAGGUUCUGUGCUGGCAGCAGUGGCAGGGCCCCCCGGCUCCUGUCGGGCGCUGCUUCCCUCCUGCCGGACAGGCCUCCCCGGGCACAGCCUGCAGGACCACGACGCUUGCCAACAGCAGCCCCAACACGCUGUCCCCUUGUGGCCCAGCAGGCAGCCUUAGGUCUUCCAGCCUCCUGCCCUGCUGCGCCCCUGCCUGGCUGCCUUCCCGAGAGGCCUUUCAGUGUCGGGGACCGAGAGAGGGACACACGGGCUGGCAGACAGACUCCCUUGUUGGCGUGCUCCUACCACAGCGCUGCAGGCUCCUCAGACUUGCUCCUGUGGAAACUGGUGACACUCACUGCGUCUGCCCCGUGCUGACGGCUUGUACAAUUGCCUUUUUAUUUAGUAAAGUAUCAAAUGAAGACUUUUUUGAAUUGUAAAUUACAGUUUUAUUAAAGAAAAAGUAUGUAAAAUUUA